GCCUUAUGUGACGCUUCGUAAUAUUUGUAGUGUCGAACGGACUCUACUCUUAUCCAUACACCGCAGAAAAGGCACUCCGGUUCAUCAUGGCGGAGAAUGUUGUUUUCAAUCCAUGAUAUAAGGUUUGUUUCUAUUACUAAACUGGCUGCACUAACUUGCGCUAGUUCUCUUCUCUUUCUUCCAUUAAGUCUCAAUUGUGUAUUUAUAUUUUUUUUAAGUUUUUGUAAGUGUACGCUGGUUUAGUGAUAAAAAACAGACCUAUAGUGUGCGACCACAUCGGUGUAUCGACUCGGCCGGUCGUUCGCUUAAACGACGCUGAUCUUCCUGUUUGACAUCAUCCAGGUCGCCGAUCACCCAGUAGUCAUGGAUAUGCGCGGCAUCGAGGUCACGAAUCAGCUACGUAGUGCCAUUCGUGCCAAGCUGAUGGAGUUAGGAGUGCGUUAUGAUGAAGAGCUACCAGACUACAUACUGGUGAUGGUGGUGAACAAGAAGUCCCGACAGCAGAUGCACGACGAUUUGAAUCUUUUCCUGGAGGACUGCACGACCGUGUUCGUGGACUGGCUGCACGACCAAGUAUUGAAGAAGCUGCAGAAAGUCACAGUAGCAAAAAAGAAGUCGUCCCGCGAGUUUGUUCCCACUGUAGUAGUGAAGCAGGAGGAGGAACGGAAGAAACGGAAGAUAUCGGCGACGUCAUUUCUGGAGGAUCAGGCAGCGGAGCAGCCCGAAAAGUCGACGAGUAAGGUCACGAGGGACGACAAGUCGGUGCAAAAGCAACAGCAACAGCAACAGCAGGCCGCAAAACUUUCUGUGCCGAAUCAAAAUUCAGAACAGAGUUACAAAACCGCGGAAAAGAGUGCAAAGAAUAUAUAUAGCAAAGGCAAGCCAGACGAAACGUCGACGGACGUCGUCAGCCACCAGGAGGCUCUUACCGUGAAGAAACCGCAAAGUUCUGUGCGCGACGAGAGCGUGACGUUAAAAGAACCAACUAUGUUGGAGAGUCCCACCACGAAGACUGUGGAUUUACACCGCGAUCAAAGAGCCAGCGCCGAAGCACCGGGGAAGAGCUUGAAGCGAUUGCCAGAAACGUCGAGCGGUCAUCAUGACGGUGCGGACAAGAAGGAGCAGGAGGUGAAGCGACCUCGUUCAUCCAAAGAGGAAGAAGAAAACUCUGCGACGCCGUCGGAGGCCACGAAGAAACUCAAAUCUUGCGUAAACAGGCCAAAAAUCACGUCGGUUGUGUCAGUGAAAAACCGGCUCGGCAUAGCGUCACCGAGAAAGAAAUUUGAGGUCUACCGUGAGAAACCAACGGCAGCUGAGGGCAACGGCCGUUAUCGUCAGUCGGACAAGCGAUUCGAUAAGCACCGCUACGGCGACAACGGCCGCGGCGGUUUCCAACGGAAUAGAAACUUUGAAGGAGACGAGCGUUCCAGGCGGAGCCGCGACAGUGGCAGCGGCGCCAGCGACUCGCGUCAUCACGAAGCGAACAAGAUCAAUGAUGUGAGGAGUAAGAUAGAGAGCAGUAAAAACGAGAAAUUGGGGAGGAACGCGCAGGAGUCGCGGGAAAGGAUCAAUCUGAGUUCGAAGAGCGCGGACGUUGCGAAGAAAACGGCGUGCACUAUCAAGGAUCGCCUGGGAGUCUCGAAUGUUACUAAGUCCGUGAAGUCGCAAGAAGCCGCGGACUGGAGCAGGAACCAGAAGAGCAACAUGGAACAACCGCGCGACGGCUCAAGCGUCGCUAAAAACAUCAAAAACCGGCUGGGUCCAUUGAGAAACUUUCGGCCGGUGCGCAAGGCUGGCGCGAGGCAGUCACGUAGCAGCGAGGACGACGACUGUCUGAAUCUGGGCGCCGAAGAAGAACAGGAGGAGCUGGACAACGAUGACCAGUCUGCGAAGAACACGGGUCCCGUGAAGUCGCACAUAGUCGCCGUGAACAGACCUGCUGCCUCGGGGAAAGUUGACAGGAAGCGUCCAAAGGAGAUUCCGUUCAACGCGAUACAACACUCCGGAUAUCUCAGCCACAGCACGAAGUCACAGAUGGAUAAGACGGACAGGCGAGGGGCGUUCAGUGACGUGGACGAGGAUGUGGACGAUACUCGGCUACCGAGCAAAGUGAUUGUCACGCCUAGACCUCUGAAGCCGCUGCAACCGACUCAGAAGCGCGCCACACAGUCGCUCUUACUGAGAGCAGUCGCGGAGGCGAACCAAUCGGUCGUUACGCAGAAGAAUCCGGAGCCGUCUCUAUUGGAUAAGAAGCCGGUGUUAAAACGUCUAAAACCCGCCUCAACUCGCGAUGUGAGCCAAAACUUAUCAGUGCAUCUGAAUUCGACUAAAAGACUGGUUAUGGAGAAGAUACAAAUCGAAUUAAACACGUCGAAUAAUCUUGAUACGGAGGAUGCUGAACCUGCACCUUAUGUACCUCAAGCGGUAAUGGACGAGCACAUGGGUGUUGUGAUGUCGUUAUUCCAAAGGAGUGACGACAACCAGAAAUUCUUAGUCACCCUAAAUGGAUACAACAACAAUCUUAUGAAGGAAAAGCUCGGUUCGGAAGACGAUGAGGAACGGUUGGAGAUGGAGGUGAACGAAGACGACGAGCUCGCGCUAUUGACGACGCACAACGAGACAUACACGCCGGCACAGAGCGAGUUAGAGAGCGGUGUGUUCCGGAUAAUGGACGGGACGGAGGACGAUGUGGACGACGAUAGUCCGAAGGAGGCGAGCGAGGAGAACAACGAGAACUGCAACACGGAGAACGUCGACAAGAUGGACGAGGUGCCGCGAAAGCGGAGAAAACUGAGCCCGAUAGUGUACAACCGUUCUCAUUCCCCAAGUCCCACGCGACUGAAAUCUAGCACGUCAUUACCGACGUUACCGACCAAGUCUACAGAUAAAAGGCUGCUGGCAGAAAGUACUGUUCCUGCCACCAUAGACAAGUCCAGAGAGAACUGUAGAUACUGGCCAAAUUGUACGUUAGGAAACAAAUGCGCGUAUCUUCACCCGCCUGUUAUGUGCAGUGCCUUCCCGGCGUGCAAAUUUGGGGACAAAUGUGCCUAUAGGCAUCCAAAGUGCAAGUUCGGCCUGUCGUGCACCAAACUGGGCUGCGUGUUCUCCCAUCCCACUCAGCAGUGCAAGUACCAUCCAUUUUGCACGAAACCGGCGUGUCCGUACUCCCAUCCAGCGACGUCGCAUACGCUGCCGCUUACUACAGAAGUGACAACUCAACGGGCGAAGUUCACUUGGCGACGGCGAGACUGAGCGGGACGUGGAUAAUACGGGCUCAAGCGCGUCAUUCUAGCAAUGGAGGCGGAUCAAGACAUGCUGCCCGGUCUCCAUGCGAGAUCAUCUUGUACAGAUAUAGAAUGGAAGGGACGUACCUUACGCGAAUCUUCAAAGAGCGACGCGCCGCAGGAUUGCGACAGGGACGAUCGACUCUGUAUUUUCUCGUCAUUGGCGUUAUCGUUAUCAUUGUCUGUUCUCGAGAACGUGUUUGUCGAGAUACGCUACUGCGUAUUGUGAGUUGACAUGAGAUCGUCAUAAAACGGUUAAUUUGACGGUCGAGGAGUACAUUUGACAAAAACACUCAAGAGAAGUUUCGCGAUUUAUGUCCAUUUUACCAAUGUUGAGUUUAAACCUGGAUCUAAGUUUUUGUUUGAAGGGAAUUUGAACUUAAAUUAAGGUUUAAUCAAUAUCAGUGGGUAAUGGCAUUAGCGUGUUACAUCUGAAGAUUGUUUAAACAAAGUGGACACGUUCAUCUCUCUCUCUCUCUCUCUCUCUUGCCAUAGAAUGCUUGAGAGAGAUUCUACAUUCUUUUUUCCAGUUUUCCGAUUUCUUCCCUCCUCGAUCGCUUUUUAUAGAUUCCAAGACCGAAUACGUCGACAGUGGAGCGGAUUGAACGAUUUAUCUCUACGUAUUUAUAAUAUAGUUCUUAAUAUAACAAGAAAAAGGAGAAGAUUGUCAAUCAGUCAAAGCUAGUCGAUGCAAUCGGAUGAUCUUAGAACCCUUUUAAAUUCUCUUAACUCUGACGUUGAUACGACCUCAUCGAAAUUUACAUAUGAGUGUGUCGCGAUUGGCAUGUAGGAUGUGCUCGAAGGCGCGUCGCCUGUCGUGCAUAGCUUUUAACGUCGUUGCAGUAAUGUAUUAGCUUUAAGAGACGGCCAGAGAAAUGGCACAAUUAGGUCUGCUCCUUUUAGACACGCUCUCUUUUCCAACUUCUUUGCGAUGUUCUUUCCUUCAGCUCGCUGUCAUCCUUCGCUCCCACCUCGAGUAGACAAGAGGGUACAAUUAGAAGGAGCACACCUAUAACAUUAUUUCAUGUUGCACAUGAUGUAACUAUUGUUAAGCGAGAACACUUGUAUCGGCAUUAUAGGGGCGUGUAUCGGCAUUAUAGGGGCGUGUAUCAAGAUUUUUCGAUUUGUUUUUUUAGUUAAAAAUGUUUUUAACUAUCAGUAUAUGUGAUCAGCCAAUUCAUGUCGACCAUUUGAUUUGCUCGCGAGGAUAGACAUGAGGACGCGACAAUUUCUACCGCGUUUACGCGCACUUAAUAAUGUUAUACUGAUCUUAUGUCUCUGAUCGGAAAGAGACAUCGCGCAAGCUAGAUAUCCCAAUCAUUCGAAUUAUGUUUCUGUAAUUUACAUCAAUUGUAUAGAAUUGUAGAUGAAAAGGGCGAGAUCGACUUCGUAUUAUUAUUUACUUAGUACUAUCGAAUCUUAAUCCCGUUAUCAGAUAUGUACAAUACUAUUAAGAUGUGAGUCAGAAGCAAAUAUAUGAUGAUUUCUGUAAAUCAUA